AUGUAUUUUUCAGCUUUGUCAAUUUAUUCGUGUAUGUUUAUGAGAUUUGCAUGGAAAGUACAACCAAGAAAUCUGUUAUUAUUUGCAUGUCAUAUGACAAAUGUUACAGCACAAGUUACACAAGGCACUAGAUUCAUCAAAUACCAGUAA